AUGGCUUAACUUUCAUCCAACAGAUUCUCACUACCAAGCAUUGGGUAAAAAGAUGCUUAACCUAAAAAAAUCCCAGUGUUAAGAGCAAUGAGACCUUCUCUUUUUCUGAAUUAAAUUGAUAUAAUUCCUAAUUCUUUAAAAACCGAGGCAGAAGUAACUGAUAGAAGCAUUUCCAAACCGAUUCGCACUGAAAUUGAAAGCGAUCCCCUCAUAGAACUUUCUUAUCACUUUAAACUUCCUAAAUUGGGCACGUAAAGAAACUAAAGGUUAUAGCAGUCACUACCUGAUUUACCUCUCAUGAACAAAGACUCAAGUGAUGCCUCUCCAAUUGAUUAUUAGAGGCCAUCAAAGAGAACAAGAUUGUUUUUGAGAAGAUAAGAAUCCAAAUUAGAUGCUCCAGUACUUAAAUUUCAAAGGAGGAGAGUCGAAUUCAAAAAGUCUUUGGUGGUCAUUGAUUUAGAGACUGGCAUCUAAGACAGAUAAGAAUUAAAUGAAGUAAAGAAGCCACUAAGAAGGAUCGCACAUUAAAAGACUAGAUCUUAUCAGAAGAAAUUAGAGUGA